GGAUACGCAGCGGAGCGCGCACGGCUGAGGACUGUACACAGCAACUCACCAACACAAAUGGAUAUUUACGUGGCUUUGUUAUCGCUUUUCAUUUUUACCAAACCAGCUCUGGGAUCGGAUCAAGAUUACCAGAUUGAUAUCAUCCACGAACUUGACCUGGCUAAUGCCACCUAUGGAAUUACCCAAGUGGCGGGGCUCCACAACGGCAGCAAAGCCUUCCUCUUCCGAGAUGUUGGCCGAGCGGUUCACGCCCCGGCGCACAUCACAGAGAAGGUGGUGCAGCUGUUCAGGAGUAAGAGCGAGUUCACCUUCUUGGCCUCCAUCCAGCAGAAGUCCUCCACGUCAGGAGUCAUUUUCUCCAUCCACGAGUCGGAACACAGUUACUUUGAGCUGGAGAGCAGCGGGGUGAGGGAGGAGAUCCGCUACCACUACCGCUUCAAAGGGAAGCCGCGCUCCGAGUCCUUCCCCUACCGCCUCGCCGACGGCCAGUGGCACAAGAUCGCCCUCACCAUCAGCGCCUCCCACCUGCUGCUGCACGUGGACUGCAACAGGAUUUACGAGCGGGUGAUAGACCCUCCUCAGAUGGAGCUCACCCCGGGCAGUGGAGUGUGGCUGGGCCAGCACGGCCACAAGCACGGCCUGUUCAAGGGCGUCAUCCAGGAUGUGAAGCUGAUUUUCGCCCCCAACGGCUUCAUCACACAGUGUCCUAACCUCAACCGCACUUGUCCGACCUGCAGCGACUUCCUGAGCCUGGUGCAAGGCAUCAUGGACCUUCAGGAGCUCCUGGCCAAGAUGACCCUGAAGCUGAACUACGCCGAGUCCAGGCUGACCCAGCUGGAGGGCUGUCACUGCGAGAGGACCUGCAGCGCCAACAGCCUGGUGUACCGGGACCAGGAGCUGUGGGCGGAGCCGGAGAACUGCAGGAACUGUGCAUGUAAGAACGGCGUAGUGGAGUGUCGCAGGAUCUUCUGUCCUCCGGCAAACUGCUCGGAGGACUCGCUGCCUGUGCACGUGGACGGGACCUGCUGCAAGAAGUGCAGACCGAAGUGCACCUACAUGGGCCAGACGUUCUCUGAGGGCCAGCGCUUCUUGUCCCGGAGCUGCAGGGAAUGCAAGAGCGGCCUGAUGAUCAAAGUGUCAGAAAGUUGUCCGGAGCUCAACUGCACGACCGGCGAGCAGAUCCUACCGGACGGCCGAUGCUGCAACGUGUGCAGAGGUUAUGACUUCUGCGCAGAGGGACUCAUUUGUGGAGAAAACUCCGAGUGCAAAAACCGGAAUACCAGAGCAGAGUGUGAAUGCAAGAGCGGCUACGCCUCGAUCCACGGGGACUCCACUUACUGUGAAGAUAUCGAUGAGUGUGCGACGCAGAUGCAUUACUGCCAGUCCAACACGGUGUGUGUGAACCUGCCCGGCGGCCAUCGCUGUGACUGUCUGCCAGGCUUCAUCCGAGUGGACGAGUACUCCUGCACCGAACAUGACGAGUGCUCCAGCAGCCAGAGUUCCUGCGACGAGAACGCCAUCUGCACCAACACCAUCCGAGGACACCUGUGUACCUGCAAGCCGGGCUACGUGGGCAACGGCACCAUCUGCAGAGCCUUCUGUGAAGAGGGAUGCAGGAGCGGAGGACUCUGUGUGUCCCCCAACACGUGUGUCUGUCCCUCGGGAUUCACGGGACGCCGCUGCGAGACGGAUAUCGAUGAGUGUGCCGAGCGGCUGAUCGAGUGCCACGACCACUCCCGCUGUGUCAACCUGCCCGGCUGGUACCACUGUGAAUGCAGAAGUGGUUUUCACGACAAUGGCUCCUACCUGCUCGAUGGAAGCUCCUGCAUCGACGUUGACGAGUGCAGUCUGCAGACACACACCUGCUGGAACGACAGUGUGUGCGUGAACCUCCCGGGAGGAUACGACUGUGUGUGCACGUCCGGGCCGGGCUGCAGCGGCGACUGUCCACAGGAAGAGGGAAUCAGACGCAACGGAGAAGACUGGAAACCCAGCUUCGACCGCUGCGCCAUCUGCUCCUGCAAGGACGGGCAGACGUACUGCAGACGGAGACCCUGCGACUGUGGCGACCCGGACGAGGACCUGUUCUGCUGUCCCAGCUGCGACAGCCGGCCCAGCAGUCAGUGUCUGGACCAGAGCGGCCGCUCACUGUACCGCAGCGGGGCGUCCUGGAUGUACGGCUGCCAGCAGUGCCGCUGCAUGGAGGGGGAGGUGGACUGCUGGUCUCUGGUCUGCCCCGUGCUGAUGUGCGAGUACACGGCGGUGGCGGAGGGCGAGUGUUGCCCGCGCUGCGUCACCGACCCCUGCCUGGCCGACAACCUGUCGUACGACAUCCGGCAGACGUGCCAGGACCCGGCAGGUGUCCCCCGCCUCAGCGGGGACACGUGGCACAUGCCCAACUCCCCCUGCACCACCUGCCAGUGCAAGAACGGGAACGUCUGCUGCUCGGUGGAUCUGGACUGCCUUCAGAACAACUGAAUCUUUCUUCCUCCUGUUCUCCUCCUCCUCCUCUUCCUCUCACUACGGGACUGCCACACCCCCUCCCCGCCCCUCCUCCAUCUGACGACUCUCCCCUCCGAUUCAUAAGACAGACUCACGCACACACACGUGCAUGCCGGUGUGAGCACAGAAGAUACAAACACACAAUGGACGAACUGGGGCACGGAGGCUGUGAUUCUGUACACCUCAACAAGCUGUGUGUGUCCAUGUGUAUGUGUGUGUGUGUGUGUGUGUGUGUGUGUGUGUGUGUGUAUGUGCAAGGCUCAGGAGAAGACUGAAGCCAGGUUGCUCUCACAUCCGUCACUUUGGUGUUUGUGUGUCUUUGUGUGUUUUUUUUUUCCAUUUCAAAACAUGUCUCCAACAUGAAAACAAAAACAAGAGACGAGCAGCUCAGAGGUUUCUCCACUGUGCGUUGUGUCUCUGCAGGAUUACACAAAGUUUUCACGAGUCAACGCAUUCGAUGUCGGAUCUGAACAAAGGGGCGGAUCCAGAAUUGUUGUAUUACUUUCUUUUUUAGUUGUUAGCGAACAUUAAGUGUUGUGCUUAUGAACAAUAAUGCAAUAUUAGUGCGAUGUGGGUUAAGUUUCCAGCUCUGACACAUUUCAGUCAUGUUUAUUCAUAUUUUACCGGUAAUAAUCAUGACCCAGGCCUUUGAGUUGUCUUUAAGGAGCCAGAGCUACGACCUUCUUUAAAAAAAAAUGAACUAAAUCUUUCCUUUUCAGUGCAUCUGUAUUAUUCUUUUUGUUUUGAAAGGUUUUAGAGGAAUAAACAGAGCUUAACUUCUCGUUUGGUCCUGUUUAAAUACUUCAGAGACUGCGUCCUAUCACGUCCAUCUUCCUGGAGGUGUCAUAAUAACGAAGCCUUUUAAAGGAUCUUACGACACAAAGACGACUUUGAGUCCCAGCCGCUCUACGUCACCUCAAGCGACACCCUACCUCCGCUAACCUGCUGAAAGAAUCCCUCUCGUCGUGUGGGAGAAAAGGCGAACGAGGAGAAUUUACCAUUUUCACGGUGAUUUGAGAGAAUGUGGAUAAUUAAAGCCGUGUCAGGCAGGCCUGGGUCUAAAUGCCAGGAGGUCACCAAGUGUCGGGUGUGUUUACAGACGCUGCGGCUUAUUAAGGCAGGAGAGUGUGAUGGUUCUCCUGCUGCGGUUCACAAGCUGCUGCCCUGACUCCCGGCCCUGUCCCCCCCCCCCCACACCGCCCACCGCUCUGUGAGAGCUCCUCUCCAGAGCACUCGAGUUUCUCUCAAGUGUCGUUCUCACCUUGAGUGAGAGAACACAGAGGGAAUAUCUAUCACGGCCUUGAGCUCACACUCAGAUAACUAGCUAUGAUGAAAUGACCUGAUAUUGAAAAUCUGUUUUUCUUUUAAACUAUAAAAAAAGAUCGAAAAACGUAGCAUUGAAGUAACAAUAAUUUGUGUUCAUAUGCAAACAACAUUAAAAGCAGCUGCAGACAACAAACCGACAAAACAACACGUUGACUUUGGUGUUGAGUUUAACCUAAGUACGAUCUUUGUCAUGUGCAAUCCCACAAUGCAUUUCUGUCUUGACAACAUCCAUCCGAAGGCAGGAAGUGAAGGCAGAAGCAUACAUAGCAAAUUAAAGGGGCUAAAGCUUCCCAAGGGAAGUCCAAAGCAAAGAGGUUUGCAAAAUAAAAGUCCUGGUAUACUUCCUAUGUAAUCCCUUACCAUUUCAUCUCUAAGGAAGACAUGUACCCUCAAUAACAACUAUAAAAGAAGAUACUAACGAGAUUUCCACAGCAGCUCAGAAACAAAACAAACAUAAGACCGGAAGUGGUGAUCUGCAUAUUUCAAAAUAAAAGUCUCUGCUUUGAUCUUUGCGGGUAUUUCCUAAAUUUAUAACAGAACCGCCACGACUACAGACGCAUGUGUACCGUGUUCAUUUUCCUGCGAUAUGAUUUGUUCCAGUGGAGGCGCAGUACACCUCAUCUUCAUCUGUAACAUGAGAGCAAUAAUGCUUUCAGAGCAUUGUGGUCAUUUCAACAAACGUUUGUGCGACGUGCUGCUGGUUGUUCGACGGCUAGGUGCGAUGAUCGUCUUUGAUUUUUCUGUUUGUGUCUCGUCUGAGCGUCUGCACCCCCCUCCAUUAUCACAAUACCACACACUAACACACACAAACACACACACACACCUCUGACCCACAAAAAAAGUGCUGUAAAUGCUUUGUGUACCCAUAAACGUUUGACACGGCAAUCGACAUUUGUACAAACGAUCACGGAGGUUUUCAGAUUGCUCUGCCGUUUGAUUUGAUAUGAAAUACGACGACUGUAAAAAAAAAACACUUUGCAAGUCUGUGUGUAAAUGUUUUUACAUACCGACAAAAUUAUACAGUUUUUUAAUUAUCAUUGUGUUCAUGGAUAACGUGUUGAUUUUAGUGGACUGCUAUUCUUUUGGUGGGAUAGGCUCUGUUUGGCUGUAAAUACUGUGUAAAGUUGGAGGGUUGUGUAAAGACAGUAAUACUCAUGUGAAUACUUCUCACUACCACAGCUUCUUAGGACACGAGCAUCGCCGGUCGAGGACGAGAGAAGAGAUGCGACAUUUCUAUUGUUUCUACUAUUUUAUUUUUCUAUUCUUGCCUUAACCCUUUUAGAAUCUGCCAUAGUUCAAUGUCUCCUCACAGUUUUAGGGCAACACGAUGGAUUUGAUAAGUUUGUGUGUGUGUGUGUACAGAUCUCUGGUCCCAUCGCUGAACAGCAUCAACAGUGGUGGAUUCUGGGAAAGAUAAAAAAAAACACAGACGGGAGCCAGAACAGACUGGUCACACGCCAUUUUUGUCCCCCCCCCUCCACUGAAACUGAACUGAAAAAUCUCGUCACGAGACAAAGAAGACAAAAUAGAACAAUGUACACAUGUAAAGUAAAAAAAAAAAAAAAUGUUGUAAAUGACAAUGUUCUCGAUUCAGUUCCGACUUUAAAAAAAAACAUUGUGUUUCUCAUUCAAUGUUUGACUUUUUAAAAAUCAACAACUUUGGACCGUCCACAUCCUGAUGUGUUCGCCCCCCCCCCCAUCAUCAUCCAGGUCUGUUCAUCGCUUCGUCUCCGGGUUCAAAGUGGCCAACUUAUUUGUACUCAAAGGGUUCAGUGUCAUUUGACUUGAAGACUGUGUCGUGAUAAUGAGU